CUAUAGCUGAGAGCAUGCCGGAAAUUGCUUUCAGUGUCGAUCUGUACGUGAGUGCCCACUAUAUACCGCUAUAAUUUAUACUUGUGACUAACGCGCGUCUUCGAGACUCGAGGCAUCCCACAAUUCCUUCAUGUUCAGGUCGACACACAGCUGACAAGGGAAAACUGUAGGCCUACAAAUAACACGUGUGAAUACAUACAGUUGUCAAUCACAUGUCAAGGAUGUUGUCGACCUGUGAGAAUGUUUCUCGUGCAGCGGAUCUGUUAGAAGACAAGCUACAUCUGUGUCCCGGUGACAGGCCUCCCAUCGUUAAGACAGACCUCAGCUUACCCGAUGGGCAGAAGAAACUGGCAUUUUUCCUAGAAAAUGUCAUGACAAAACAGGAAUGCGACGCUUACAUCAAAAAGACAGAGAAGAUGGGAUACAAGCGGGCCUUACUAACUAUAGGAAAAGACACACAAGUUCUUCGGAAGGACAUACGAAACAGCUACCGAUGUGUUUGGGACUCCGAGGAGCAGGCAAACAUCUUAUGGCAGAGAAUUGAACCAUACAUCCCUACAGACUUUAACAGUCGCUGGAAACCCUUGGGGUUGAAUAAAAGAUUACGAUUUCUACGCUACGAUCCCGGGGAAUACUUCAAACCUCAUUAUGACGGUUUCUUCGAAGCAGAAAACGGGGACAGAAGCUUCAUUACCGCACAGUUAUAUCUGAAUGAGGGUUUUGAAGGUGGAAGCACGACUUUCCUGAGCACGUCGGGCAAUGAUUCCCAAGCACGUCCUCUUGUUCCCAGAACAGGCAGCGUUUUGAUUUUCCAGCACAACAUAUUCCACGAGGGAUCCAUUCUUGUGAAGGGGAGAAAGUACGCUAUGAGGACAGAUGUUAUGUUCACACCUGUAAAACUGCCCGAUGAUGCGUGAAUCUACUUGCCACACGGUGUGGAAAAAAGGACAGGUGUCUUACAUACCAUACCUUCAGUCAUUUAUAGUUAUUUACUACGUGCCUGUAAUCUGUAUAAAAUGUGUAAAGUCCUAUAUUAUAUGUAUAUCUCAAUCAGCAGUAU